AGAGCACGUUUUACUGCUAGAGCUUUAUUUGACUUGGACGCCGAUCUGCUGGCACGACAUGAGCAGCUAAAGGGAACUAUCAUGUUUGCUGAGAUGCGGAUGGCCCACGCCUUGUAUUUGUCAUAAAAACAUCUUGAAGCAAACAAUUAAAUUGGAUGAGCGAGUCAUAACACAAGCUCUACCAAUGUCGGUUCUAGAGGAUGUUUUGGAUUUGCUCCGCACCGUAUUGGCGUAUUUCGGAGUCCCCCAAGAAAUGUUGGUGCCAGGGUGGGACAGUGAGCUGUGUGGACAGUAUCGAAGCAUUGUCCGUAUGAUUGGGACCAAUAUUUCUAUGACACCUACACCCCGGGUCCACUUCCAGAUCCCUCUGCACACUUACCGGCCUCAUGGCUACGUUGAUGUUACAAUGGAUACGCACGCCAUACCUUCAUUUGCGGAUGUGUUGUGGCUGGCUGAGGAUGAUGGCGACAGCUUGACCCAGAUCAGAAACCGGUUGCCUCCGUCAAAUCAAAGCGUUGUCCAUCGGGACAUUGUUGGAAGACCGGUGCGGCUGCCGAGCCGAGCUCAUAGCAGAGCCCCGUUGCUUGGGCAGAACAGCGACCCGGAGGCCCUGAGGAAAAUCACAUUCCUGGAGGAUGAGCUCCUGAAACUACGAGCCCAGAUAGCGAUCAUUGUCACCGCGCCACAAGGUUUGACGCCUGCCCAGACUCUGCUCGGUACACAUUCGUUGUCUCCUCAACUUACUUCCACACCACGAUCUGCACCUCCUCCUCCUCCUCCGCCACCACCACCACCACCGCCUCUUCCUCCCCCCUCGUCUGGGCCCGGGGCUCCCGAUGAGACGCUGCCUCUGUCGCACCUGAUCCGACAGCGCAGGCUGGCCAACAACGCCCAGGGGAACAACCCGGCCCAGGGCUCUGUCUCAGCCAAGGCCAUGCCCUCCAUGCUAGAUGUCCUUAAGGACCUGAACAGUGUUACGCUGCGCUCUGUGAAGAGGUCCCCAGGCGGUAGGCCGGUGAAACCCAGACGCAGCGGAGGUAAAAGCCUCGCCUUGCCCAGCGACCCUGCCUCCCUCAUCGCCGAGGCGCUGAGGAGGAAGUUUGCCCACCACCUCCACAACACCUCCUCCGACAAAGAGAACUCGAUGGAGAGCUCGCCUUUCGGCAGCCCAGAAUCCCCUCGGGUCAUUCAGCCAAGCAGACGGAGUCGGGGGCGCCUCCACCUCUAAACUUGUGUAAUGGUUAUCUUACUACUGAUUUCAGAUGAUCAAGCGGUCACAGCAGCACACAGACAUUAGACUCAUACACAGAUGUUCCCCACCAAUCAUGUUUAUGUGAAAGGCUGUGUCUUUUCAUAAGCUACUUUUGUUUUGUAAGGAAAGUUUGAAUGUUGGCUUAUUGUUCGAUGCGGUCAAUGUAUGGAGAAAGUUGUUUUAAUAAUGGGAUCUUCUUUCCUGUCAUGCGAAUUUGUUUUGUUUUGUGUGCAGCUCACGGUUUGAAUGAAAUGUGUAAUAUUGUUAUUGAAGCUGUGCUAUAACGAUGUGAGAAUGUAUAUUGCUAUAUUUUAUUUUUUUAUAUUUUUUAUUAUGUUGGUUAUGUGAGUUGAGGCUUCUAAAGAUAUGGAUUUAUUCUAUGCAAAUGCUAUUUCGUCUGGAUAAUUUUUAUGUUUACGUGUACAUAAAUGAAUUGUUGAAUCAUCCACAUAAGUUAUGUCUCUCUCCUAACUGGCAAAACACAAACAUGUUUUGUAGAAGGAAACCAUGGAAAGAGCAAUGCAAAGUGUGAAUAGGAUAGACUAAUGAGAGAAACAUUUACAAACACACACAUUGUGUCAGCUUUAGCCACAUUGCCACUAUACAGUCCCUGACACGUCUUGUCACUUAUCGAUUUUGUAGAAACAGCUUUUAACCUGACUUAAUUAAUCCAUUGGUUUUAGAAAUGGCUCAUGAAAGCUAAAACCCUCCCAAAUUAAGUUUAAUAUACAAAAAUAAUUUUUGCUUCACUGAAGAUGGAUUGAUAAUUUAAUGAACACAGGUCAGAUUUUGGCAAGACAAAAGUUUUGUCGCCUACAGAGUAAUGUGAAUAAUUUACUUCAGAUACAAAAAUGUUGCAUAACAGUGAAUUAAGUAGUGGUGCUGUGAGAUCAGAGGCACUGCAUCCCAUUAGGCAUACCAGGCAGUUGCCUGGGGCCCCGCAAUUGCUUGGGGCCCCGGGCCACUACUAGGGGGCCCCCUAGAGCCAAAAAAAAUAAAUAAAAAUCGCUCCAUACCCCCCAUAAAAUCCGCCACCAAAGGUAACUAGACAUAUUUGAGGGGCACUUAAGGUCAACUUGUACCCAAGCGACAAGACUUUUGUCAGGGACUGUAUAAUGCAUAGGCCAUCAUUCGUAGCACCUGCUCUAUUGAAGCCCCUCUUAAAGUAGAUCUAGAGCUGUCGAAGACAGGCAGUUAACCUGUUACAGUAUCGCCUUUUAUUGCUGAGACCUCUUAAAAUGUUAUGCUUCAUAUGUUUCCCUACAAGCUGAGAAUUCUCUAUGUUAUGAUUCAUAAUAAAUACAACUGUUCAGAAAGGCCAUCCCUGAAGGGUCCAGCCAGGGCAGAAAUGCGCUAUGAGAUGCUCCAGGCCCAGCUGGUAUGCUCCAUGGUGGAGCCAGUGCUGCAGUUACACACUGAUCUGGAGAACGGACCAAUGAGCAACGCGAGGCCAUCACGAACCUGGAGAAGCUGCCACAUAGACUGAUAGCAGGUAUCUCUGUCUCUGGCUCACUCUGGCUUUCUCUCUCUUUAUUUCCCUCUCUCUGGUUAAAAUGUAUACCACGUUAACAUAACAUGGUCAUCGUGGCAUCAUUCUCAUGUGCUCUUAACCUUGUGAAUACUUGGUUAAUGUAUCACUAAAUGAUAAAGUUUUGGCAUUUAUCAAGAUAGGGAGUUAUUCUCAACAUUUACCCUGACUAGCCACAAGGUGGUACUAUAACUAAAGUGUAUAUUUUGGUGGCUGCCUUAUACCAUCAGGGCAAUUUAAAAACGUUUCUAUAUGCCAACACAGACAUUACCAAACCAAGUCAUAUUGUGGCAUUUUCCUGACCUUAGAGAAAAUAGACUUAUUUCAUACAUAAUUACUCUUCUUACCCUAAUAUGUUUCCGUAGAUUUUUCACUCUUACACUGUCUUUAUCUUUAAACACACACGCACAUGCACAUGCACAUUUACAGUAAGAACAACCUUAAAAAGUAUUCUGGAACCCAUCUCUCCCACUCAUAAUAUAAACAAAAGUGUUAUUUCAAGUUUCAUUGAAGUGUAAAUACUCAAAGCACAACAGGCACAUAGACACACAAGUUUUAAGAGAAAAGCCAGACACCAGUGUAAAAUAUUCACCGGAUAAGAUGCCACAGGCCAAUUUCCCUGAUUGAUUCACUACACAAGCGUGUGUUUCCGUUUGUGCUGUCACUGGAAUAGUCAACCGGAAUACCACUGGAAUAUUCCAGAUUUUAUAAUUAAGUAUAAAGGUGUUAGACCUCACAUGAACAUUGUGCUGGUUGCCGUUCAUGUGGAUAUUGUUUUUUGAGACGGAAUUCUAGGUCAAGGAAAAUGUAUCAGUCAGCCGGUUGAUCGCUUUAUUUUUUUCAUUUUAUUUUAACUCGCUGUAAAAAUGUAUUGAAACAAGGUAGAAUAAAAAAAUAAGUCACUUAAGGCAUGUGAAAAAGAUUGCUGUAUAGUUCUUUGUGGUCUGUUUCUGCUAUGACACCUGCUGGUGUAUUGACAGCUUGGUUUAUUUUCAGUUUGUUUACUAUUUGUUUAUGUUUAGGGAAGUGUAUAUAGGCCUAGUUAUAAACCUGUCAUUGAAAAGGACAUAAAAUAUUAGCCAAACUCAAACAUUUAAAACACCUUGACUUUAUAUAUUGUUCUUAAUAUUUUGUCCCAACGCUUUAAAAUUAUAUGCCUAACGAAUCAGCAUUACAGUCACCUCAAUGGAUUAUUGGUGACUCAGAUUAAAUGGAGUACGUCUGCUCUCAUUCUCAGUAAAAGAAGGCAGAUAAAAUUGGACUUCCAGUAAGCAGUUUUAAACAUGCCAUGACCACCUGGACUGAAUGAUUUUAACCGCUCCCCAUGGUUGCUC